AUGGUUGAGAAGGACGACGCUGACGGCCAAAAUCCAAGGGAGGUCUCCAAGGGUCCAAAGCGCAAGUCCAAAGGACACCCGCGCCCUCGGCCCGACGAUGAGGACGAUGGUGUCAUGAUUGAUGCAGAACAAGCACGUGUCCCACCGGAUGUCAUGUCAGGGCCCGACGAUAUGGGCUAUGUAGAUCCCCAUCCAAGAGAACGUCGUGUGAAACGUUCCAGCACUGCGCCAGUUAAAAAACAAGACAGUGGCGGAAUAAUGGGACUGCUCGGUCUGAGAAAAAGCACUCGUCCAGAACGGUCAGAGAUGCCAGAAAGACGAAAAUCGCGCUCGCAUCGAGGGGAUGACGGAAGGUAUCCCGCGGAGAUGGAGCGCGAUGGUGCUCGCAGAUCACGCCGCGAAGAUCGACGCCGAGGAUCUGUCCGCCCAGAUACCGACGGCGAAGGUUUCGUUGCCGAUGCCGCUGGCGGCGCCGCAGGCGGUGAGACAGAAGCCGAAGAAGCGGAAGCUCGACGAGCAGCGCGCCUGUCACGCCGAGGAUCUCGCAAGGCCCCUUCUGAAGCCCGUGACAUCGAGGCUCGGGAAGCAGAGGAGAGGCGCGCAAGGAGGAAAGAACGGGCACGCGAACAACGAGCUCGCGAAGAAGAAGAGGAAGAGCGCUUACGAGAGGAAAAGCGAGCCCGACGUGCUGCACGCGAGGAACGUCGCGCUCGAGAAGAGCAGGCAGCUCGGGAAGCCGAGGCCGAGGCCGAAGCUAGGGCCAUAGAACGCCGCGAACGUCGGCGCAUGCGCGAAGAGGAGAUGAUGGCCGCGAGAGCUCACCGACGGCGCGAACGCGAGCAAAGAGUUCCAGUUGAGGUCCUUCCCGAUGAGCGGGAGCUGGACCGUCGCGCAGCUCGUAGCUCCCGCGCAUACGACGACCCACGGGCUCACCGUCGCAAGUCCAAGGUUGCACCGGAGCUCCCCGGGAGCCGGUCAUGUCUGGCGGAUGAGCCUCCAGAGCCACCUCAAAUUGUCCCAACUGUCAUUGAUAUGCCUCCUCCUGCGGCUGCUGAAGAAGGCAAUGCUCAUUCUCUUUCCUCGGAUGAGGAAGCCCGUCGCGCUGUUCGCCGCAAGGCUCGCCGCCGUGCCAAAUAUCCGGAGGAAGAAGUUGAUGAUGCUCGUUCUCGGCACCGCGGCUCCCGUCGUGAAGGGGUAAAGAGCAGCUCUGGAAGCGGUGAUUAUGAGCGUGAUCGUGCGCUGAGGUCGCGGCCGGGGAGUCGACAAGGUGCUCCCCCGGGUUCAGGGAAGAAGCCCAGUUGGUUCCGCAAGUUGACGAGCCUCUGA